AUGGUGGGUACUCGUAGUAAUGGUAACUCAUCCAGUGGCAGUGGUCAGAUGCCUGAAGCAGAUCCACAGCAGCUUUUAGUAAUGAUUCAGGGGCUGGUGACGAACCAGCAUUUCUUAGCUGGGCAUUUGCAGCAGGAGCCUCAGCACCAGCAUCCACCUCGCUCGGAGCCUGGUGUUAGAGAGUUUCAAUAUAUGCGGCCUCCUUCCUUUACUGGUGCCGAUGGACCUUUAGCAGCAGAGGAGUUCCUCAUGGUCACGGAGACUAUCCUUACGGUGACUCAUAUUCCCCCUGCAGAGUGGGUAGAUCUCAUGGAUGUUCAGCUCACGGAUACAGCUAGAAUCUGGUGGGCUGCUGAGAAGACACACCUAGAGAGGCCGAUUCUGUGGGAAACGUUCACGGAUCGCUUCAAUAGGAAGUAUUUUCCUCAGUCGGCCCGAGAUGAGCUCCUGAGUAGAUUUGUCGAUCUCAAGCAGGGGGGUCGAUCAGUCGAUGAGUACGAGGCCGAGUUUUCUUCUUUGAGCUGAUAUGCUCCCCACUUGGUCACAGACCCCACUAUCAGAAGGCACCAGUUCUAGAAAGGUCUGGAUAAGUAUAUCAGAUUGGCUUUGGCUGGUAGGGCUCUCGCGACUCACGACGCCGUAUUGGAUGCAGCACAUGAGAUUAAGAGCGUGCAGAAGGAACCAGAAGAUUCACACUUGAUUCA